AACACCCCUAAGUGAAAGUAAGCCUCCCUACCAAGUACCUACACCGUUCGUGGCUAGUACCAUCACCUCCCUUUCUUCCCACCGCCCUCUUCCUCUUUAUCUCCGUCGCGUUUCUCAUAUUUUCUCUACUUUCUGUCCAACGAAACAACCAACGAUGGGCGAAUCAAACGCCAAGUCCAAGAUUGAUAGCACGAGGGAGUGGAUUGUUGAGCAUAAGCUUCGUUCCGUUGGAUGCUUGUGGUUGAGUGGGAUUGUUGGAUCAAUCGCUUACAAUUGGUCUCAGCCGGGCAUGAAAACCAGCGUCAGGAUCAUUCACGCUAGGUUGCAUGCACAGGCUCUAACACUGGCGGCAUUAGCUGGAGCUGCGGUGGUCGAGUACUACGAUCACAAAUCAGGGGCAAAAUCGGAAAGAUAUGCCAAGUUCCUGGAUUCCAACCCUCACAAAGAUUAAUCUUCAUAUGUUAGAAUACUAUUGAAAUUUUUUGAUUGGUUUUUUCAUAAUGGCAGUUUGCAUUUAGCUUCUUGAUAGCUUAGUGUUAUCAAAGCUGCAAAUUUUGCACGUAUAGGAAAAACCCGACUUCCAUCAUAGAUAUUGUAUCGACCCCCUUGGCUUUUUUAUGGUCAAGACAUAUAUGGAUUAUUGUUUUUGAUUGUUUCGUAUACAUAAUAUCAUUGAUGAAUUAUAGUUAUUUAUAUCUAAGGGUGGACUAAUUGACCAAAA